CUUUAGACGCGCGGCCUGUCAGACUUGAUACUCGCCAUCUUCGCUUCGUGUCGGCAAACCACGCGCCGGCAACGAUGAUGGACGCCCUGCCCAUGCAUGCGACCCACGCCCGCGAGUCGACGUCGACGCCGUCUGCGAAGCGCGGCUCGGCCUUCCCGACGCGACCGGCCCGCGGCGCCAGCGGUACGUUGCCGCUCUUCCGCAACUGCUCGUCGGCUGUGCCCGAGUACUUUGCCCGCAUGGUCGACUACCGCCAAAUGGACCUCGAGGCGACGUACUACCAAAUGGUGACGCUGUGCAUUGCGCCCUCCAAGGUCUACAAGAGCGCGUACUACCGCAAGCAGACCAAGAACCGCUGGGCGCGCGACGACCCAGCGUUCGCUGUCAUCCAAGUGCUCUUUCUGUUUGUCGCGUCGCUGGCGUGGACCGUGGCCUUUGAGAAGACGUCGUCGCUCGGGUUCCUCCUCAUCUGCGAUGUCAUUGUCGAGUGGCUCGUCCUCGGCGUGCUUCUCUCGACGGCCAGCUGGUGGGUCGCCAACACCUUCCUGCGCCUCUCGCCGCCGGGCAUUGCAAGCGACACGUUCUUCGUCGAGCAGUCGGUCGAGUGGCAGUACGCCUUUGACAUCCACUGCAACGGGUUCUUCGUGCUCUUCCUCCUCGUCCACGUCGUGCAGUUUUUGCUCGUCCCGCUUCUCGUGGCAGAUACCUUUGUGUCGCUUCUGAUGGCCAACACGCUGUACGCGCUGGCGUGCGGCAGCUACUUCUACAUCACGUUCCUCGGCUACAUGGCGCUCCCGUUCCUCCACAACACGGAGCGAUUCCUGUACCCGGUCGUCGCCGUCGGCGGCUUGUACGUCGCCAGUCUCGUGCUCUCGAUCGUCCUUGGCGUCAACUUCAACUGCGCCGCCAUGUCCGCAGCCUACUAUUAUUCAGCCUAAGACCCGAAGACGACUCAACCAUGUACAUACAAUGUGUGCUGCGAGUAUGGUGAGGUCAGGUCGAUGCAGUGUCGACGAUCGCUGCUGUCGAAAGUGAAAAGAUUGUUUGGCGGCCAAGGGCGCCCACAAGACAAGAGUUUGGGCGGUGGAGUCGCUGCAGUAAACCAAGGUUGUCAUAGUAAUAUCAUUGACACGAGGUGACGGC